GUCGCAAUUUAGUCUCACACAUGUAUGCUUGAAUGUUAUGUAUGGUGUGUCCUGUUUUGUUUUUUGUUUUCAUUGGAUAGCACGGAUAGCACCACUGCUUUAACAGGAUCAAAGAAGAGGAUGUUAAUAUGGAUGUAGGCAGCUAUCAUGAGCUCAUCUCGGACGAUGGACGAAAGCAGAUUGCAAGAGUCUUUGAUGACAACCUCAAAGCUCUACUUCCUCUUUCUGAGGAGGAAAAAACCGUGUCAGACGUUCAGCGCCUCGUGGCUUUAAGAUUAGCCUGCAAAUACGAGUGCAGAGAUGAGGAGAUCAAGGAGUUUGAAUCACUGGCUUCUGCGGCUGUAAGCCUCAUCAUGAACAGCCAACAAUCUCAGCUUGUGCCCAAGCUUAUCGCAAUUUUAAGAGAUUCCUUGCUAAUCCUGCCCAAAGAUGUGUCAGUCAAUUUCGCAGACAACGCAGCUGAUGAGUACCUAUUCAGUUUCAGCGAGGAGAGUCUGUUUGAAGAAAAUACAGAAAAGACUAAAACGUUUGUCAACUUGCUCGCCCAGUUGUUAAACUUCAGCUCAGACCAAAACGUUGAAUUGAUGGCUAAAAUUCGAGUCGUUUCCUCGCACUUGAUUUUCAGUGCAGACGAAAAUUUGAGCUCGUUUGCAAUUUCAAACUUGGUCCCGAAACUAAUGGGUUCGAGUGAAGAAUAUAUCACAGAAAUUUGGCAUAGGCUGCUGCUGCUGCACAAAAAUAAUGACCAAAGUCCGCAACUGACUCCUUUGUGCCUGCUGAUGGCGCUCGUCUUGUCAUCUGAGAAUCCUGAUGUGGCAUUCUUGCAGCAGGAUCACUUCUGGCAGCUAAUCCAGCGAGGCCUCACGAGUCAAGAUCAAAUGACAAGGAAGCAAGGCCGGUUCAUGCUCAAACGAGCUCUCGACUUCAUCAACUGCAACCAAAUUUCCAUCACCUGGACGCCACAAGUCUCAAGCCUGGAAUCGUGGAAUGACUUCUUUUUGGUCAUGGAAACCCUCGAAGAGAAGCAAGUGCACAUUAUUAAGCCAGUGCUGCCGUUGAUAGAAAAUCUUUUCGCCAGCAUAGGGCCGCAGUGGACUUUGGUAGCCCUGAGUCAGGUGAUUAGCCACGACAACAGCAACAUCAUCAAAUGGGGCCUUGAGUUUUUCUUUAGUCUCGAACCCAGCUCGCACACAAGCCGAUUCCUCUUGAACAAAGUGAUGCCGGCCUUGGACAACACGCCUCUCUUCUUCGAAUCCGACCUGGAUGAAAAACUAGAACAUUUUACCCUAAAGUGCGCUGCCCUUGGAGAUGUUGCGUUCUUCAAACAGGUCUUGCCAGCCAUACGGUCCAUCUCGUGGGGCCCGGUUCCACUUUACGUAGUGUGCAAGGCCUUGGGGAAUGUGUCCCCGCUGAAAGCUUGGGAUUCUGACGACUUGAACGAGUUGAAGCAACUUCUCUCGAGUGCCAUGUCGACCCAGGACGUUUUCCUCCGAGCCACCGCCCAGUCCAUGCUGCUCAGGGCAACUCUGAGCUUGGUGGACGUGUCAAAAAUCACCAUGGAGCCCUGGCUGGACUUGAUAGCCUCUUUCAACAGAAAGGAAUCGAUAGCUCGGGGAUUGCAGGACUGGCAGCUGUUGGUCAAGUUCAUCCGCAAAACGCCUCAAGUCCAUUUCAACCCAGUUGAUUUCGUGUUGAAAGUGUCGAGCAAGGCCGCUGCGAGAUAUAUUUUGCUCAUGAGUGACGCAGGACUAAUAUCAAAUGAAAAGAUAGAUGAGUUGGCGUCCGAAUUUGAGCUAUCACUGCAGCAACUGCAAACAAGACUCUAUUCCAUUUCAUCUGGAGGCAGAACCCAAGUGGACGAUUUGAUUGAAUUGAUUGUCGAAGUCGAAGCUGAGCUUAAUCAGGAAAGUUGGCAAGGCUCUAUUUUGGAGAAGGUGCUCAGGCCAAAAUCGAUACAAGGAAUUUUUGGCUAUGCAUGUUUGAAACUCAAGAGGGAGCAGAACGAGGAGCCGCAACUUGUCAGAUUGUACACCAGCAGCCUCCGACUCUUUGAAACCAAGACCGCUGCCAGGCUCAUUGACGCUGAAAAAAUUAUUUUGUGUGCCCGAGAUAUCCUGGAAUCUGAUGAGAGAUCAUUAAUGUCCAAAUACUUUGCAUCCAAAGUUGUCGAGCAUUUCUGCAAAUCGAAGAGCAAUGCUGAUGUUCUUUGGACUCUGCAAAAAAUUGUUGAAAGAAGGGCGCUCUUUGGUUCAAUGAACAACAUCCAGUUUUCUGAUCAGACUGCAAAUUUUGAACACAAAGAGAACAGGAACAAAAUUGUGUCUUCCGUACUCACCUCAAAUUGGAACUGCCUUUUGGCACUCUUGGAAGGCUCGGAAGCACUCACAUUACCUCACGCAAUUUUUUUGAGUCUCGCAGAAGAUGCCGUGGAAAUCAGUGGACCAGAAACUCUUCCAUUUGUGAUGAUGUGCUUGAAGCACUGCCUUCAUCAAGAAAUGGACACUCCUAGAGUGGUGGCGCUGUUGGAAAAGUGCUACUCAAAAUGCUUUGAGCACCGCAAAUCCGAACUCUUCUGGCUGGAUAUAAAAGCAUUUAUUAAAAUGGCUUUUGAUGCUCAGAUGCUUGUUAGAAACGAUCUUGUCGCUUGCCUCAUCAAGAUUACAGAAGAUCUCCACGAACAAAGCCAAAUAAUUGCUGGUCUCUUCAACCUGGUCAUCGAAAACUUGUGUGAUCAGAGUGUGAAUGAAGGAGUUAUUUUCACUCGCCAACUGUACCUUGCACUUCUUUUUGGACCUGUUUUGAGGAGAGAUCAAAAAAUCCUGAAUGAUUUCAGCAUGAAGAUUAUUUCCCAAGGGGAAAAAAUUCCAGCAAACAUCUUAGUUGGCAGCAACUGUCAGUCCAGCCAAUACAUAAGAGCUAAAGCACUGAAGUUCCUUCUGCUCAACGAAGCUGACGAAAGCCAAAUAGCUGCCCUGCUCAUUAAAAGAGACGUGGAAUUGAGUACAAAUAAAAAACUGCGAUACUUUGCCGAAUCCCAAGUACACAGAAUCAAACACAGAAUCGCACAGUCACUACUAGUCAUUAGCUGCACAACAAUAAAUAGUAAGGUGCAAAGCACUAUUUUAAAAUGGUCCACUCGCAGUUUAGCCGAAGAAAACCAUCAGCCAAGCGUUCGCUACAUGAUGGAGUGGCUAGUUGCACUCAUACUUGUCAGCAACAGCAGCUUUAAAGAUGGAUUUGUCAAACAGAUUCAAGAGGCUACUUCGAAGAGACUGAAUUCCAUUCCAUCGUUUGUCUCUGUUCUCUAUCUUUGGAUUGUCAGUCUGGCGCAAAACAAAUCGAGAAAUCAAGAUUUGGCGCGGUUGAUAAGAUUUUCAAUUGAUUUAAUGCUUCCAUGGUGCAUGGCCCAAAAUUAUAAUAUUCGCCUCUACGCUCAGGUUGCACUGCUCCGAAUUUUUUCUGUCUGCGACGAUCACAGUUUGGAAGAACAUUCAUGUUUGAAACGAGGUGUGAGGUCAAGUGUUGAGCAGUCAAGUGGAGUGAAAAACGCAGUCAAGCUUCAAGAAGACUUUUUCUUUAGUGUCUUUGACCCCAUAGAACAUUUGUCGCUAGAGACCAUAUUAGUUGAGUUCCCAAGGCUUACAAACGUUGGGCAGGAUGAGUGGCUGCCUAACUCGUUUUUUGCCUUUGACAAUGCCUCCGAACUUGAAUUAAAACUUGAGAACUCAAAUGACAGCCUUGCCAAGUCGAAAGUUGCAAACUGGAUUUUAAAAGCAACUGGAGCUGCAGGCGAUAGUGAAAGCCAGGAUGAAUGCUUGCACUCGGUGGUCCAACGCAAAGUGACCCCUUGGAGAGACAUGUUUCCUGAAAACAGCACUCGCGAAAAGAGGGCACCUCCUCUGGAAGGACUUGUGGUGGUCGCGUCGCUGGUGGACAAGGCUCCAAAUUUGGGAGGCCUGAGUCGAACUUGCGAAAUUUUUGGCGCCUCUCAACUAAUUAUUGGAAACAUGAAAAUCUUGGAUGAACUUGCGUUCAAAAGUUUGAGCGUCACUGCCGAAAAGUGGAUCAAUCUCUCGGAAGUUAAACCAGAAAAUCUGGUUGAAUAUCUGCAGUUCAUGAAAAAUGAAGGCUACACCUUGAUGGCUGCAGAACAAACUUCAAAGAGCGUCCCACUGCAGAGCGUUGAAUUCAAUAAAAAGAGCCUUCUUCUCCUUGGAAAUGAAAAAGAGGGUAUUCCUGCUGAGCUGUUGCCCUUUUUGGACGUCUGUGUGGAAAUUCCACAAAUGGGUGUAAUCCGGUCACUAAAUGUUCACGUGACCGGUGCUCUCUUCAUCUGGCAGUACUUCCAACAACAUCAUUUGGCACCUCAGGUUAUGAAACAAUAAAUUGGCCUAUGAAAUAAAAGUUACCAAAGUAAGCAGUUUA